AUGCAGCGCCAGCGGCGACGGGAGACCAAGGCCUCAGUGCUUCAUCCGAAGGACCUCCUACCAUCGUUGAACAUGGUGCUGAGGGCUGAGAAUUACGAGAUGUCGACAUCCUGUUUGAUGAUGCGCCGUACCUCGGCGCCCCUCUUGGAGCGCGUGCACGAAGCAUGCGUUCAAAAACUACGAGAUACAUACGGUGUCCUGUGGGGCCUUCACGAAGGCGAUUUGAUAGCACUGGUCAGCUCCAUCUUACGAGCAUUCAAAGAAAUCGACUCCCAUAUUCAAGUGGACAAGUCACAUGAAAUACAGUUCAGUGCGGUGGUUCAUGCUGCGGCUCAUGCUGUGAACACUUUCAUACAAUCGGAGAAGGGCCGAGCUGUAUCGGCGAAUCUAUGUGCUACCCAGAACCUCUCUCUCGAUAUCGUUCAGCAACAGGACCAAGAAGACGCUCCAGAGAAGUUGAUCGUGAUGUAA